CUUGCGUAUGUUCAAGUAUGUUGCGCAUGUCGAGAUUGUUGAGGGACAGACCUUGCAAGGAAUCUCAUACUAUGUUUCAUAUAGUAUGUGAACUAAUGUAUAUUGUGCAAGCAUCAGGAAGAAGAUUAUGAAUCGAAACAAAACGCACUGACGAAUAGCUGAUGGCUGUCAAGUGUCAAUUGUUUGUUGACUUGACUUUUUGUUGAGAUUGUUGAGAAAGCAAUUAUUUUCAAGAAUUGAAUUUCCUUUUCCUCUAUACGUGACACAGCUCUUUAUAAUAAUGAAUAUGAGUAUAUGCAGAACCUGCCUCAAAACCCCAGCUGACACACAUAUCUCAGAGCUGGAAAAGUGCUCAAAAGGGGACAACGAAAACUACCACAACGUCAUGCUGUUUUGCUUAGAUAUCAAGGUUACAGAAGACUCUAAAAUAACAACGAAACUAUGUAACAACUGCUACAUAAAAAUUAUAUCGUUUUAUAAAUUUAAGGUAUUAUCUUUAAAAAAUGAUGCAUAUUUAAAAUCUUUGGAUUCGGGAGUACAGCUAGCAGACCAAAAACUGACUGUGUAUAUGGACGAAAAUGGAUUAAAGCAUGAGAAUUACUUAGAUUCUGAUGACAUUGGGCCCAGUGUGAUUGAAGAUUGUAACACAGAAAUCAAGGUAGAAGUAAAUGUUAAGGUUGAAGACAAAUUAGAUGUGAAAAUAGAUUCUGAAGAUGCACAUAAUUUUGAGUCUGACGAAGAGCCACUAAGUAUAGUACAAAAAGUGAAGUAUGAAAAUAUUAGGGAACAGUCAGAACAGACCAAAGUUAAGGCACGAAAACGAAAAAAACGUGUCCGUCCAAAGAAAGCCUCUUUGAAGAAAUCAAUAGAGAAACAUGAAGCGCAAAUAUGUGAAGAGUGUGGCAAGUCUUUCCGUAACCUCAAGGAGCAUCUGCUUCAGCACCAGCCCGACACGGAGCGCCGGAAGGUGCAGUGCCAAGCUUGUCCCAGGCUGUUCUUGAACAAGGGGGAUAGGCAUAGGCAUUACAAGAUCGUACAUUUGGGCUUAAAGAAAAAAUGUGGCAUUUGCAAUAAAGAGGUGACCCGCCUGUCAGUGCACAUGGCGCGGCACAACCCGUCCACGCUGCGGUUCCCGUGCGUCGAGUGCGAGCGCCGCUUCGUGUCGCAGACCGAGCUGGACGCCCACGUGAUCUCGCACACCAACAACUACGAGUAUGCGCACGAGUGCCCCGUCUGCCAGAAGAAGUUCAGCAGGAAACCUUUUGUCGCUAGACAUAUACGACAGGUCCAUGAAAAGGAAAGAAAACAUCAAUGUGAAUUAUGCCCUAAGGCUUUCUUCACCAACAGCGCACUUCAAGAACAUUUAGGAACCCACACAACGGAGCGGCUGUACGAAUGCAACGAAUGCGGCUUAUCCCUCAAGACGAAGGAAACGCUGCGGGCGCACCUCGCCGUGCACAGCGGCGUCCGGGGCUACCAGUGCGAGCGGUGCAACAAGAGCUUCAGGACUGCCGGCAAUUUGAAUGUCCACAUGGUGACCCACACGAAGGAGAAACCCUACGAGUGCCGCUACUGCGGCGUGCGCUUCGGCCGCGCGCACCACCGCAGCCGCCACGAGUUUACUGCGCACCAGAAAAAAGAUCUAAAAGCCGAAUGACAACCCUGUGUACAUUAAUAAUUCUUUGGCGUGGGCUGCAGCCUACAUGUAACAGAUUAUUUAGAUUCGUCUCAGUAGUGGUUUCUACGUGGGCUUUGUUAAGAUUACUUAUGAAGCCUAUCUGCAGUACAGUUAUAUCUGAACUCCAAGUACAAAAAAUUAUGACGAACUUUAGAACUUCCCGAAAUGUUGCUUCUUGUAUCAAAUUUUGU